AUGGUGGGCUGCCGCGCUGUGGCAGUCCUGCUGCUCGCGCUCGUGUCCGCCGUCGCGGAGGACGCGGCCGAGGACGCGGCGGCGCGGCUCUACCUCGUCGAGGGCGUCGCGCCGGCGGCGGGCCGGCUCGAGGCGGCGGCCGUGGAGCGCGCCGUCGAGGCGUUGAGCCUCGACGUCGCGGCCGGCGGUCUCGCGCCGCCGGACGCGGUCGCGGCGGGCGAGCGCGCCGUCGCCGCGGGCCUGGGCUUCGCCGGCGCGGCGCUGCUGAACAACGCCGCGUCCAAGUGCGGCGCGCUCUACGGCGGCGACGACCGCUGCGACCGCCGAUCCGCCUACGCGGCCGCGCACGGCGCCGCGCCGGCCUUCGCGGGCGUCGCGCUCAACUACGCCUACUUCCUCGAGCAGGCCGGCGACCCGGCGGCGGCGGCCGACGCCCUCGACGCGUCCGUGGCCGCCGUCCGCGCCGACGGCUCCGGCGACCGCGACGACGGCCUUAGGAUCGCCGCGGCGUCGCUCUGCGCGCCGCACGCGCUUAGCGCCGCGGAGCUGCCGGGCCGCUACGCGCGGCUCCUGCGGCGCCUCGAGGCCCUCGCCGUCGAGCUCGAGGCCGCGCCGGACCCGCGGACGGAGCCGCGGGGCCUGCGAUUGGUCGGGAACCUGCCCAUCGCGUGGCCCUACCUCGGCUACGCGGCCUUGCCGCUCACGCGGCGUCUCGGGCGGCUCUACGCCGCCGCGGACCGCGCCUGGGCCGGCGGCAUCGCCGCGCACGUCCUCGAGCGCCGCGGCGAGCCGACGCCCGUGCUCCGGAAGCCGCGCGUCGCGAUCUGUGUCGCGAUCGUCGCGGAGCUCGGCGCGAACACGUCGCCGGGCCUCCUCUUCCACGGCGUGUUCCUGGGCCUCGCGGCGCGCGACGACCUCGAGCUCUGCUUCGCCGCGCCGCGAUCCCUCGACAGCGACUUCGCGGCCGCCGCGCGGGCCGCCGCGGCCGCCGUCGUCGAUCUCGACCCGGGCGACCUCGCCGCGUCCGCGACGGCCCUCGCCGGCGCCGAGGCCGACGUGGUGGUCUACCUCGCCCUCGGCCUGUCCCACGUGACCUACAACCUCGCGCGCUGCCGCCUCGCGCCCGUCCAGGUCGUCUUCGGCCACGGCCACCCCAUGUCCGCGGGCCUCGGCGAUGCGAUCGACUACUUCGUGUCGAGCAAACUGUACGAGGCCGACGUCGCGAACCUGAUGGACGGCGACGCGGGGCGCCUCGCCGUCUUAGCCGAGGCCGCGGUCCUCGCGGACGUCCGCGAGCCGGGCCUCGCCCGACCGCCGCCCAUCGUCCUGCCGGACCCCGCCGCGGCGCCCGCGCGCGCCGUCGACGCGGCCGCGCGCCGCGCCGCGCGCCUCGAGGCCGACGCCGGCGGCGACGCGGCGGCGCUCCGCCUCGCCGCCGCCGUGCCCGACCGCGGCGACGGGGGCCAGGCCUACGACGAGCAGCUCGUGCUCUUCGAGAGCCCGACGAUCGGCUUCCCCCGGCCGCCGGAGCCGCCGCGCCACACGCGCACGGCCCUCGGCCUGCCCGAGGACCCGCCCCUCUUCGCCUGCCCGCGGCCGCGCGGGAAACGAACAAGCGUCGCGCUCCGACGCGCGCGCCUCCAGCACAGCAAGAAGCUGCACCCGGACUUUGACGCGUCGCUCGCGGCGGUCUUCGCCAAGGCGCCCGGCGACGCGCUCGUGCUCAUGCUCGAGGGCGCGCGGACGCACCUCGCGCGCUGGAACGCGACCCUGGGCCCCGCGGCCGCCGCGCGGCUCGUCUUCCUGCCGCGCAUGCCGCGCGAGGACCUGCUCGCGAUCGUCCGCGUCAGCGACGCCCUGCUCGACACGCACCCCUGGGGCGGCGGCGUCACGGUGCUCGAGGCGCUGGCCGUCUGCACGCCGCCCGUGGUGCUGCCGUCGCGGACGUCCGUGCUCCAGCUCGCGCUCGGCCACCUCCGGACGCUCCAGCUCGACGACCAGCUCGUCGCGCGCGACUCGGAAGCCUACGGCGCCCUCGCCGCGCGGAUCGCGACGGAGCCCGCCUUCCGCCAGCUCAUGCGCCUCACGAUCUGCAGGCGCAACGCCUGGCUCUUCGAGGCGGACAAGGCCGUCGACGAGUGGGCCCGCUUCCUCCGGAACGUCGCGCGGCGGACGCACCUCGUGCCGCCGCCGAUGGUCUGGCCCUGGGCCGCGUCGCGCGACGCCCACGCCGCGCAGCGCGCGAAGGACGUCGAGCGGGGGUAUCUCUAG